UACUUUAUUAAGUUAUCUUUACAUUAAUAUUUGAUUUUUUUUUCCUCCAAACCUAUAAAUAUUAAGUAGAGAGCUCAUGGACAAUUAAUACAUGUACCACACAAAUUAAAAGAAAAAAACAACCCGUGAAGAAACAAAAUAUGGCUGCAAAAGCUACAAUCCGAAUCUUCACCGACGUUAAUUAUCUCCGAUGCUUGGCUUUCUUCUUCCUCCUCUCGUGCCACUUGACAUCUGGAGCCGGAGGAACAUGGAGGCUUCUCUUACCGAACGUCGGAAUCUCAGCAAUGCACUCUCAGCUCCUCCACAACGACCGUGUCAUAAUGUACGACCGAACCAACUUUGGUCCUUCCAACAUCUCUCUCCCUAACGGAGCCUGCCGAAAGAGCCCCAACGACGCCGUCUCCAAAACCGACUGCACAGCGCACUCGGUAGAGUACAACGUCGCCUUGAACAGUAUCCGUCCCUUAACCGUCCAAUCCAACACUUGGUGCUCCUCAGGCGGAGUCACCCCCGACGGCACUCUCCUCCAAACCGGAGGAAGUAGAGACGGAGAACGUAAAACUAGACUAUUCGCCCCUUGCGACGACGAUUCUUGCGACUGGACAGAAGUAGAUAACGGACUAGCUGCAAGCAGAUGGUACGCUUCGAACCAUGUUCUCCCUGACGGUCGUCAGAUCAUAAUCGGAGGUCGAGAUCAAUUCAACUACGAGUUUUUCCCAAAAACAAACGCUCCAAAUCUCUACGAAUUACCGUUCUUGGCCCAAACCACUGAUCCUGGACAAGAAAACAAUCUUUACCCUUACGUGUUCCUCAACACCGAUGGUAACUUGUUCAUAUUCGCAAACAACAGAGCUAUAUUGCUCAAUUAUGCAACAAACACUGUCGUCAAAACUUAUCCGGAGAUCCCUGGAGGCGAUCCGAGAAGCUACCCUAGCACUGGCUCAGCCGUUCUCUUGCCGAUCAAGAACCUUGUGUUAGAGGUUCUAGUGUGCGGAGGUGCACCGAAAGGUUCGUACAUCCUCGCUUCUCAGAGAAAGACUUUUAUUAAAGCUCUUGACACGUGUGCGAGAAUCAAUAUCAACGACGAGAAUCCUCAGUGGGCUGUUGAGAAGAUGCCGAGAGCUAGAGUUAUGGGAGACAUGACGCUUUUACCUGACGGACAUGUUCUGUUAAUUAACGGUGGUUCUUCAGGGACAGCUGCUUGGGAGCUUGGUCGUGAACCGGUUUUUAAUCCUGAUAUUUAUCAUCCCGAUAGACCGGUCGGUUCAAGAUUCGAACCUCAGAACGCAAACGCUAUCCCUCGGAUGUACCAUUCAACCGCGACGUUGCUUCGUGACGGGAGAGUUAUCGUCGGAGGGAGCAACCCACACGCGUAUUACAAUUUCACCGGUGUGCUUUUCCCGACGGAGCUGAGUUUAGAGGCUUUUUCGCCGUCGUAUUUGGAAUCUAAGUACUCGAGUCUUCGUCCGGUGAUCAUGGAUCCUAUGCCACAGACAACGAUCAAUUACGGUCAAAUCUUGAGGCUGAGGUUUACUGUACAGGGAAGAGUGAAGACUCCGGUUAAAGUCACUAUGGUGUAUCCUUCGUUUAAUACACAUUCCUUCUCGAUGAGUCAGAGGCUUUUGGUUCUUGAUCAUGUCUUGUUUUUAAGGAUUGGUUUGAGCAGGAUUUAUGAAGUUAGCGUCAGGACUCCGAGCUCUGUGAAUCUUGCACCGCCCGGUUAUUACAUGGUUUUCGUGGUGAACCAAGAUAUACCAAGUGAAGGUGUUUGGGUACGUUUAGAGUGAACGUGACCCUAUCAUCAACAUUGGUCAUUCCCUACUAUAUGUGUGAUUUUUAUUAAACCCACAAAAUCGGGUGAUUUUUUUGUUUUUUUAAUAUUUAUGACUAUUAUUUAAUUAAGACCUUAUUAUAUAUUUAUUUCUUGGAAUUGUAUGUUAUUAUAAUGAUGCAAUUACAAAAAAGGAAUCAGAUACUUUGAUAUUAUUUUGAGUCGGUGAA